GCUUUGGCUGUAAGCGAGUCAAGGGGAAGAUUCCGCCUGCGCUGCAGUUUGUCCGCCGCUUCUCUUCCUGUCUCUGCUGGCGUGACUCCUGGGGUCUCAGAUGGACCGCACAUCCCCACCCUACAUGCUUGCUAAUUUAACCCACUUACAUUCUGAACAACUUCUUCAGGGCUUGAAUCUUCUUCGUCAACAUCAGGAACUCUGUGACAUCGUUCUUCGAGUAGGCGAUGUUAAAAUCCAUGCACACAAAGUGGUACUUGCCAGCAUCAGCCCGUAUUUCAAAGCUAUGUUCACUGGAAACCUUUCUGAAAAAGAGAACAGUGAGGUUGAGUUUCAGUGCAUUGAAGAAACAGCUCUCCAGGCCAUUGUGGAGUAUGCCUACACGGGGACUGUUUUUAUUUCACAAGACACAGUUGAAUCUCUUCUUCCCGCAGCAAACCUACUCCAGAUAAAACUUGUCCUGAAAGAAUGUUGCGCAUUUCUUGAAAACCAACUUGAUCCUGGUAAUUGUAUUGGAAUUUCUCGUUUUGCAGAAACUUACGGCUGUCAUGAUCUUUAUUUGACAGCCACUAAAUAUAUAUGUCAGAAUUUUGAAGCUGUUUGCCAGACUGAAGAGUUUUUUGAGCUUACACAUACUGAUUUGGAUGAAAUUAUUUCCAAUGACUGCUUGAAUGUAGCUACUGAAGAGACUGUUUUUCAUGCACUUGAGUCUUGGAUCAAAUAUGAUGUACAAGAACGCCAGAAAUACUUAGCUCAGCUACUUAACAGUGUGCGUUUACCACUCCUGAGUGUUAAGUUUCUUACUAGACUUUAUGAAGCAAAUCAUCUUAUUCGUGAUGAUCGCUCUUGUAAACAUCUUUUGAAUGAAGCUCUGAAGUACCACUUUAUGCCCGAACGUAGACUCUCUCAUCAGACAGUCUUGGUGACACGACCUCGGUGUGCUCCCAAAGUACUCUGUGCAGUAGGAGGAAAAUCUGGAUUGUUCGCUUGUUUGGAUAGUGUGGAGAUGUACUUCCCUCAGAAUGAUUCUUGGAUUGGGUUGGCACCCCUAAACAUUCCUCGUUAUGAAUUUGGAAUAUGUGUUUUAGACCAGAAAGUUUAUGUUAUAGGUGGUAUAGAAACUAAUGUACGUCCUGGCUUCACUAUUAGAAAUCAUGAAAAUUCAGUAGAAUGCUGGAAUCCUGAUACAAACACCUGGACUUCUCUUGAGAGAAUGCAUGAGAACCGAAGUACCCUUGGAGUGGGUGUGCUUGCAGGAGAACUUUAUGCUCUAGGUGGUUAUGACGGACAGACAUAUUUACAGUCCAUCGAGAAAUAUAUUCCCAAAAAAAGAAAAUGGCAACGUUUGGCACCAAUGAAUACAACAAGAAGUUGUUUUGCUGCAGCUGUAUUGGAUGGAAUGAUAUAUUCAAUUGGUGGGUAUGGACCUGCCCAUAUGAACAGUGUGGAGCGCUACGAUCCAAGUAAAGACGCCUGGGAGAUGGUUGCAUCUAUGGCAGACAAAAGGAUUCACUUUGGUGUUGGUGUUAUGUUAGGUUUUAUAUUUGUGGUGGGUGGACAUAAUGGUGUCUCUCAUUUGUCAAGCAUUGAAAGAUAUGAUCCUCAUCAAAACCAGUGGACAGUGUGUAAACCAAUGAAAGAACCCAGAACAGGAGUUGGUGCUGCAGUAGUGGAUAAUUACCUUUACGUUGUCGGUGGUCACUCAGGGUCUUCCUAUCUGAAUACUGUGCAAAAAUAUGACCCUAUCUCAGACACAUGGCUGGAUUCAGCAGGCAUGAUUUACUGUCGCUGCAACUUUGGUUUAACUGCGCUUUGACAAGAACAGACUUGUGGAAAUAACUGGUGAAGAACCUUGAAUCGCAUGAAAGAAUGCUUACUAUUUUGAAACUCAAAAGCUGUAUUGCUUUGUUUUUAACUUGAAAUGGCAUGAGGACUCAGAAUUCUAUUGGGUACUUUGAACAAGUUAGCUUCUUCAUUAUACACAAAUCAAUAAUCAAAAGGAAAAAAAAAGGCCUUGCAAACUGAGUUGUGCACACAUAUACACACACA